AUGGCUUCAGCUCAUUCCCAAGCUCUCCAAAACUUCAUCCUCACCCCCCAGCAGCAGAACCUACUCUUCCGCGCUCUUACUUCAAAUCAGCCAGGAGGUAGCAGCAGCCCAAACAAUGCGCUGUCUCUCUCACCCGAGUCUUCAACAAAGUCACCGGUCCAGAAUCAGAAAGGUACCCCAAAUAUCGAUGUCCAGAACGGCAUCUCCAAUGGCAUCCAAGAGAGCCCCUACUUGGAUUAUGACUACGACUUGGGACCCGAUACUAGUUUCGACUUCGAUUUUACGCACGAUGGUCAGGCAAAGAUGAUUGGAGAUCUCCCAGGUACCUCGCCAAAGGAGAAUUCCAAAGCCAGCUCUCCUGACAACGAUAAUCCCGAUAAGAGAAGUCAUCCGGAUGAUGACGAGGAAGACGACAUGGAAGAGGGAGGUGGCAAGCGAAGAGAGAGCGAAGGAAAAAUACCCAAGAAACCCGGCCGCAAGCCACUUACGAACGAGCCCAGCUCGAAGAGGAAGGCCCAAAACCGCGCUGCCCAGCGCGCGUUCCGGGAGCGCAAGGAGAAGCACCUAAAAGAUCUCGAGACGAAGGUGGAGGAACUUGAAAAGGCGGAGGCGGCGACAAACAACGAGAACUCUCAACUGCGUUCCCAGAUCGAGAAGUUGACAAUGGAGCUUAACGAGUAUAAAAAGAAGCUGACGCUAUUGACCACUUCUCAUCCAGCCUCUAACCCCAAACGAAGCUCAGUAUUCGGUCAAGCUGCCAUACAAAAUCUCAAUGAUGUCAACUUCCAAUUCGAGUUUCCCAAGUUUGGCGUUCUUCCUGGUCCUCAGAACCCCCCAAAGAAUGGCCCCAAUUCUUUGUAUUAUUCGUCAGCGCCUAGCAACAGCCCUAAUAACCAGGCCAACUCGCCGGACAAGUCCAAGGACCAGGCUACCCCCAACUCCACGAAGAGCCGGGAGAACUCGGACGCUUCAUCUAAAGACACAUCGUCCAAGUCUUCCGGGUCUCCCUAUAAUAGCACAUUCGGUGCCAGCGCAUCGAGAACCAGUCUGGAUUCAUGCCAUUAUAGUGUGAAUGGGGCUAAUACCGGCUCGCCUUGCUCAUCAACGGCGAACUCUAAUAUGGGACCCAGUUCCUCGUGCGGAACCUCUCCUGAGCCGCUGACCCAAUCACCGCUAGGAUUCAAGCCGGUAGAUACUUUGACAACAAUCGGCGAGGAGCAACCAUCGCUGACAAGUGACUCCAUGUCUCAUUUCAACAACUUGAGCAAUAUGGAUUUCUCAAGCCUAGAUUGGCUAUCGCAACAGAACGGAGGCCAGUUCGACCCGCAGCUCUUCGGCGACUACCGGGAGCCGCAGGACAAUAUCUUGGCUAGUGCUACUUUUGACGACAGCUUCUUCAACGAUGCCUUCGAUGUUGACUUUACUACGCCGUACAACGUACCGUCGGCGUCUAAUAACAACAACAAUAACGCUCACAAGAAAGACCUGAUUGCCGAGAUCGAUGCCAGGAAGGAGUCGGAGGACACCAUCCUAUCCAAUGGCAAGCUGCUUACAUGUAAUAACAUCUGGGAGAAAUUACAAGCCUGUCCUAGGGUACAAUCGGGUGACCUCGACCUCGAUGGAUUAUGCUCUGACCUGCAGAAGAAGGCCAAGUGUGGUGGCUCUGGCGCUGUGGUCGAUGAGCAUGAUUUCAAGGCAGUCAUGACCAAAUAUCUCGGUGCCGACGCCGGGAAGUGUACCGCGUAG